GAGUGUAGGCUAUAACACUCCGGAGCCCAUACAAUGUGUCAGAGAUCUGUCUGCGCGACACGAGAGUACAUGUGUGCUCCUAGAGUUUACAACUGAACUGCGAGAGAGUGACGAGACAACACACGACUCACACCACAACCUCAGUCAACGCGAGGCUUUCCAAGUGUGGGAUAGAAUGCCGGCGAUUAUAAGUAAAAAUUCCGACAUGGAUUUUGACUCACUACAACCCUGCUUCUAUCCAGACGAGGAUGACUUCUAUUUCUGCGGUCCCGACUCUGCGCCUCCUGGAGAGGACAUCUGGAAGAAAUUUGAGUUACUGCCUACGCCGCCCCUCUCCCCGAGCCGAGCGGCGCUACCCGGGGAGCUGGCCUCCGCGUCCGUGGGGGACUGGGGCGACUCGGCAGCAGGUCCCAUGAGUUUUGGAUUAGGCGACCCGCUGGGGUGCGAAUGGACCUCGGAGCUGCUGCUCCUGCCCGAGGAAGAUAUUUGGGGUGCGUCGGAUGGAGACCUGUUCGGCGGCUCCGCUUUGAAUAAUAACCCCAACUCAAUCAUCAUUCAGGACUGUAUGUGGAGCGGCUUCUCUGCCAGGGAAAAGCUAGAGAGGGUGGUCACAGAGAAGCUAAGCAAAGCCAUUUCCACAGCGGCUGCCUGUGGAGUUAGUAAAAAUGUCACUACUGCCGCUGUCAUCACUACCAAGGCGUCUGAGCUGAGCCGCUCCGUGUCGGAGUGUGUGGACCCCACGAUAGUCUUCCCCUUCCCUGUCAACAAAAGAAACGGUAGCAGCAGCAGAUGUCCACCUGGUACAGUCCCCGCCUCUACUGCCCAUUGUAGCGCCAAGGAAACUCAGAGCGACUCUGAAGAUGAAGACGAUGAUGAAGAAGAGGAGGACGAAGAUGAGGAGGAGGGCGAAGAUGACUCGGACGGCGAAGAGAUCGAUGUGGUCACCGUGGAGAAGCGGCGCGGCUUGUCGCCCUUGGCCACCGGCACGGUCACCAUCUCAGUACGUCCGAAGACGGGUACCGCUUCCGGGGGCGUGGCCUCAUCUGGUGUCAUGAGCCGAUUCGUUAGCAACCGGGGAUCAGCGGGGUCAAACGGUUACGGUCAGGAGCUGAUCCUGAAGCAGAGUUCGGUCCACCAGCAGCAGCACAACUACGCCGCUCCCUCGCCAUACGCCUCUGACGAUGAUCACGCACCCCCCUCCAAGAAACACAAGACCUCUGACGCUCCUCGCCAACCUUCCCGCACCCUCUCUUCAUCAUCAUCAUCGUCGACCUUAACGUCAUUUGGCUCCUUCACAAUGGCAAUGGCAGGAUCCAAACGCAACGCCAGCGGUGAUAGCAGCCCGCGCGGCGGUUCCUCUGGUAACUCCGACUCCGAAGACUCCGAACGGCGACGAAACCACAACAUCCUGGAACGCCAACGGCGCAACGAUCUCCGCUCCAGUUUCCUUACGCUCCGCGACCACGUACCCGAGCUGGCGAGGAACGAGAAGGCGGCUAAGGUGCUGAUCUUGAAGAAGGCGGCAGAGUAUGUGUCGUCACUGGAGGUGGACGAGCUGCGGCUGACGCAGGAGAAGGACAGGCUGCAGGCGCGGAGGCAACAGCUGAUCAGGAGGUUGGAGCAGGCCAGAACUCGCUAAGACUUGUCAGUGGCACAUAACGCAAACCUGUACACACAAACAUAGGCACACACACACACACAAACAUAGGCACACACACACACACACACACACACACACACACACACACACACACACACAAACAUAGGCA